UUGCAGACAUACUUUGGGAUCCAAAUAUUCAGGUUUUAUUUCAAAUGCACUAAGUGCUCUGCUGAGUUAACAAUAAAGACCGACCCGCAAAAUUCAGACUAUGUUGUUGAGUCAGGUGCAUUACGGAAUUUCGAACCUUGGCAUGCAAAGGGUGAGGAAGCAGAUAAGGAAAAACAAAAAAGGGAUACUGAAGAGAUGGGAGAUGCAAUGAAAUCCUUGGCGAAUAGAACCUCGGAUUCAAAAAGAGAGAUGGACAUCCUUGUUGCCCUGGAUGAAGUGAAGUCCAUGAGGUCAAGACGAGCAACUAUCAAGGUAGAUGCAAUGUUGGAGGUCUUGCAGCGCUCAGCUGAGGAAAAGGAAAAGAAGUUGGAAGAAGAUGAUGAAGCACUCAUAAAAUCAUUAUUUGGAGCACCAAGAGAGGUCGUUCGCAGGAUCGAUGAUGCUAUUCUUGAUGAUGAUGAAGAUUUAUCUCGGAUUUCAACUAACAACGCUAAAACAUCAAACAAUAAUUCAAAAAGGAGAAAGGUUUCUGAACAACUUCCCACUAUGCAUGUGUAACAAGUUAGCAACCUGUCAUGCCCCUACGGAAUUCUCCAAAAUAUCCAAAGGGGAGCAUGAAAGUAAGAGAUU